AUGUCUUGGCAAGCUUAUGUAGAUACCAACCUCCUCGGUACUGGCAAUGUUUCUCAAGCCGCUAUCUAUGGUUUGAACGGUGGUGAAUGGGCCAAGUCUGCUGGUUUCCAGUUGCAACCUUCCGAAGUCCAAGAAAUCAUUGGUGCUUUCUCUAACGCUGAUCAAGUUCGUGCUAACGGUAUUCACGUCAACGGCGUCAAGUACCUUCUUUUGAGAGCUGAUGAGCGUUCUCUUUACGGCAAGAAGAACUCUGAUGGUGUUUGUAUCGUCAAGACCAACCAAGCUUUCUUGGUUGGUGUCUAUAAGGAGGGUAUUCAACCUGGUAACUGCACCAAGGUUGUCGAAGGUUUGGCCGAUUAUUUGAUUUCCGUCAGUUAUUAA